GUGAUGAAAUUCUGGAACUCAAUGGUGAAUCAAUGGCUGGGCUGACCCAUCAGGACGCCUUGCAGAAAUUCAAGCAAGCCAAAAAGGGGCUCCUGACCCUUACAGUGAGAACCCGCCUGACGGCCCCCCACUCCCUGUCCAGCCACCUGUCUCCGCCGCUCUGCCGCUCCCUGAGCUCCAGCACCUGCGCCACCAAGGACAGUGGCACCUUCCCUGUGGAAAGCCCCGUAUCUCCCCCCAGUGCCGCCAAACCCAACUACAGAAUCAUGGUGGAGGUGUCUCUGAAGAAAGAGGCCGGCGUUGGCCUGGGGAUCGGCCUGUGCAGCGUGCCCUACUUCCAGUGCAUUUCAGGCAUCUUCGUCCACACUCUCUCUCCUGGGUCUGUGGCACAUCUGGACGGACGGCUGCGGUGUGGCGAUGAGAUCGUGGAGAUCAAUGACUCCCCCGUGCACUGCAUGACGCUCAAUGAAGUCUACGCGAUUCUGAGUCACUGUAGUCCUGGCUCCAUUCCUAUCAUCGUUAGCCGACAUCCAGACCCACAGGUAACACCCCAGGGAAUCACCCUCUCCUCCAUGCUCACUCAGUACUAA